AUGGAGAAAAACUGGUACAAUGAUUGGCAUGGGAUGCUGGGAAGCGCACUGAGGCAGCACUCCGUGGUCGCUGAAGAUCAGCAUGCAACCUAGAGAGUGAUUACUACAGAGAGUUGUUGCGUCCUCAUCUUGCCGUUCUUUUUCCUCCUGUCGUAUCAAUCAUUGAAUGACACGAGGGACGGGUUCGCUGAGGAGAAUGCGCAACGUGUUACGCCUGAGUCGAGCCACCAGUACUGUUCCCUUUGUCACAUCAGUGAGAUGUCUAUUUCCCGCACGCCCCCGCACUGUUUCUUCUAAUCCGCAGCCGAGGGAAGGUGUGGGCCGUCCUGUGCCACGGAUGCGUUUCUCUAGAAGCAGUAGAGAGGAGUCCACAGAGAGGACAAGACUCUUACGACAAGAGAAGAUAAAUGUGUAG